AUGGCCGCCACAGCUCUCCGCCUGCACGCUCUCCGGGCCCUUUCUCACCAUGGCGCCAUGCCUUCUGCCGUCUUCGCCCGAUCCUUCUCCGUCUCCAGCCGGCGGGCCGAGAUCAACAAGAUAUUCCCCUCAGCCGCCGAGGCUCUCAAGGAUAUGAAGGCCAACUCGACCGUCUUGUGCGGCGGCUUCGGCCUCUGCGGUGUUCCCGACACUCUCAUCGACGAGGUGCUCGAACGGCGCGACAUCAAGGAUCUCACCGCCGUCUCCAACAACGCCGGAACCGACAACUCGGGCCUCGGCAAGCUUCUCAAGACGAAACAGGUGAAGAAGAUGAUUGCGAGCUACAUCGGCGAGAACAAGACGUUUGAGACCAUGUACCUGACGGGCGAGGUCGAGCUCGAGCUGACGCCCCAGGGUACGCUCGCGGAGCGAUGCGCCGCCGGCGGCAAGGGCGUCCCGGCCUUCUACACGCCGGCGGCGUACGGCACCGUCGUGCAGACGGGUGACCUCGCACUCAGGAACAAGCCGGACGGCACGGCGGCCGAAUACUCGUACCCUCGAGAUGUGCGGGUCUUCAAUGGCAAGCCGUACCUUUUGGAGCACAGCAUCGAGGGCGACUACGCCUUUGUCAAGGCGUACAAGGCCGACAAGCUCGGCAACUGCCAGUUCCGGCUGGCCGCUCACAACUUCAACGGCGCCAUGGGCCGCAACGCCAAGAUGACCAUCGUCGAGGCGGAGCACCUCGUCGAGCCUGGCGAGAUCCCCCCCGAGGCCGUCCACCUACCGGGCAUCUACGUCAAGCGCGUCAUCCAGAGCACGGCGGCGAAGCAGAUUGAAAAGUUCACGUGGGCCAAGGACGAAGAGAGCGCCGAGAGCAAGGCGGCCUUGGGGACGGGCGACGUGGCGGCCAAGCGCGAGCGCAUCGUGAGGCGUGCGGCCAAGGAGUUCAAGAACGGCAUGUACGCGAACCUCGGCAUCGGCAUGCCCAUGCUCGCACCGGCCUUCGUCGACGCCGACGUCGAGGUCCAGCUGCAGUCGGAGAAUGGCAUCCUCGGUCUGGGCCCCUACCCGAGAAAGGGCGAGGAGGACGCGGACCUCAUCAACGCCGGCAAGGAGACGGUGACCCUCAAGCCCGGCGCGGCCGUGUUUGGCAGCGAGGAGAGUUUUGGCAUGAUUCGCAGCGGGCGCAUCAACCUCACCGUCCUCGGCGCCAUGCAGGUCAGCGGCACGGGCGACUUGGCCAACUGGAUGCUGCCGGGCAAGGUCAAAGGCUUUGGCGGUGCCAUGGACCUUGUGAGCAACCCGUCCGCCACCAAGGUGGUCGUGACCAUGGAGCACACGGACAAGAAGGGCAAUGCCAAGAUUGUCAAGCAGUGCGCGUUCCCGCUGACGGGUCGCGCCUGCGUCUCGAGGAUCAUCACCGAGCUCGGCGUGUUCGACGUCGACUUUGCUCACGGGUUGACACUUGUCGAGAUUGCCGACGGCGUGACGGUGGACGAGAUCAGGAGCAAGACGGAACCGGCGUUUGUUGUGUCCGAGAACCUGAAGCCCAUGCUGUAG